GUUUCAGCGACAGAACCGAGAGACACCGAAAAGGAUACGCAAUUCACCAAAGGCUCUAGAGCAUUAUUCACAAGGACGCGUUUUUUUCAGUCAAAAAGCGAAUAUUUUUUUUCCUCCAAUGAGGCUUUUAUGUAUAAUUUACCGCGUUAGAUUAAACGCCAUAGCCAAUUUAUAGGCCUAUUGGCGUGCUUUAAUAAGCCGUAGUUAAAGUGAAAAAUUACGUAGUUUAAUGGCGUUGACAGCGACAGACCGGAGCUGCAAGUUGAACGGACCGCCGACUCUUUAUGGCAAAAGUGGCCCAAGAAAAGAGGGUUUUCACGUCAAGGCGGACGGCUUGAAAACGGUAAACAUGCAACCUAAAGGGAUGGACUAUUCCAUGGACGGGUUGCCAAAGGCUUUUCUUCAGAGUUUAAGGACGCUCUUUGACAUUUUAGAUGACGGCGGACGAGGCUACGUCCACAUCUCGGAGAUCGAGAGCCGCUGGCAGGGCGCGGACACGCAGGAUCUGCCCGGCGGGGUGCUGGAGUGCCUGAGGCGGAUCGUGCCGUCGCACGGCUGCCUCACUUUCGAGCGGUUCGUCGCGGGGCUCCGGUACUCGAUGCUCAACCCGGAGAACAGCCACCAUGUGAAGGCUCAGGCCGCCGUGCACCCCCAGCAGUCACAGGCACAUCCAGCGAAGAUCACGCCGCCGCAGAAACCUGCCGCGCUCUCCACGUGCAGCGUCGGUACGCGGGUCGAGAACAAAGUUCGGCCCCUUGGCCCGAGUAACGUGACCAACACACAGCACGCGCAGCACCGUGCGACCUCCCUGCAGAGCCGAGCCAGACACGAAGACGGCAGCGGGUACUUCGCACCAGCGCGCUACAAUGCGGGGUCGGAGAGGAGCGGACGGAGUUUGGAUCGGGUACCUGUGGCGCCGGAAGGGGGCUGUUACCGAGCCGAAUCGGUCCACGCCGGACCGAAACAAGCGAUCCCGCAGCGAAGUCGUAUCAGGGCGAUUGAAUCGCUUGCACUAGAGUCGCCACAGCUGCAAAGAGCAAGUGUUGUGGAGCCGGGUUUGCCGAGAUCGCAGAGUGAAUCAGCAACAGGAUUCACUGGUGGUUCACGACGACAUGGGAGAAGUCGGGAGGAGCAGAGGCGCCACACCAUUUCCAAUGGAGUGGAUUAUGGAAUGCUGAAGCAAAUGAAGGAGCUGGAGCAGGAGAAGGACUCCUUGCUGGCUGGCCUGGAGGUGGUGGAGCGAGCUAGGGACUGGUACCAGGGCCAGAUCCACAAUGUUACAGAGAGACAGCGGCACGUUGGCCAGAACAACCACUGCACGGAGUUUUUCACAGAAACCAGUCAGAGUCGCAUGAAUGUUUUACUUCCCAAAUUGCAAGAGGUCAACCGCUGCCUUACCGACCUCAUUUCUGGCACAGGGAUGCAGUCAUUCCCACCCACUGGUACUCAGACCACAGCUGUCUCCACUAACUCCCAACCAGCACCUCCAGCCCCUCCACAAGCCAUCCAAAGACUGAAGGACCAGAAUCGUCUUCUCACACAGGAGGUGACAGAAAAAAGUGAGCGGAUCACGCAGCUAGAACAGGAGAAGUCGGCGCUGAUAAAACAGCUGUUUGAGGCUCGCGCUCGGAGCACACAAGACAGCAGCACAAUGGACUCCACCUUCAUCUGAAGACAAUUUUACUUUAAACGAUACCACCAUAUUAGCAUGUUUCAAACAUGAAGCAGCCAUUAUUGCACCUCAGUAGUCAUAAUGAACAGAAUGUGAUACCAUUAUUAUUCCACAAACUGCACUGGUCUCCCGUGUGAUUUGCAGCAAAACUUCCAGAUAUGACUGAAGCAGUCCUAUCUGGAAACUUUAGCAUAGCUGGAUUAUGUUUACUCAAGUAACUACUUGUGGCUGUGUAGCAAUUUUAGCCACAAUGUCCUAGGGUCCCAGACUGCAAUAUCAACCACUCCACCUAUCCUAAACGUUGAUAUGUACUGCAAAAUGCCCAGAAAUGAACACUCCAAAGAAUGCCACUGGGAUCCUGUAGCACAACUGCCCCGGGAUUCCAGAUUUUUCUGACUUGUUGCUUUUCCCUUUCUCCCAGUCUUAACAGCCACUCCCACCAGGCUUAAAGCCUACAGUGCUGUCACAGGGCCAGUUAAAUGGGACCUUCUUAGACCCCCUUGUUUAAAUACCUCCAACAUCCAAUGGCGUCUGUUGGUCUCAGUAAGGAUACCAUACUUGACCACUCCUUGGGGACUCUCCCCUCUGCAUCAUAAGAAGUAGGAAUCGUAAGUGCUGAACAUUGUUAGGGAUCUACUCAAGCUCAAUCAUACGAAUCCAGAUGCUGUUGAACAUACACACUAGGUGGAGUGAUUUAUACUAAAAGACAUUUUCAUGACAUUCUACUUGUUGAAUUGGAAAAUCAUCUCCAUCUACUUGCUGUGACCUAUCACUUUUUUUUUAUAAAAUCUUAAAUCAAGGUACUUUGACCCAAAAUAUAUGCCAACAGAAUUGUAUACUGCCAAUAUCUGCCAUAUUUAAUCUCUUGAAUAUUUAUCAAGUUAUGGAAAUUAUUGAUCAUAAUUGAUCAUAAUGAUAUCAUGACAUUGAGAUGCUCCAUUUUUUUUUUUUUUUGUAGAGUGCUUUAUUUAAAGGGACUGGAUGGAAGACAGGCAGAGAGGAUGUUGAUAGAAAUUCCCACAUACGUAAGCAGAGGAGAGGUUUUUUUUGGGGGGGUGGUGGUAGAGCUUCCUGUUAAAUGUCACAAUUCUGGACUUUUGGACAGUGGUUCAACGUAGAAAAUGUUAUGGGUGACAAAACUUACUAAUCAAGGAGGUGGAGAGAUGGCGAUGGAAGGAGAGAUGUUUGCAUGUAGAAGAGACUUGAUGAGGAUCACCAUGGUAUUGGCUGAAUGUGUUGGGAGUCCUUGCCUGCCCCCCUAGCUAGUGUUUACAUUGGGCUAGGUUGGGAGGGCUCAGACUAAAGUGCUGCGGCGUGAGCGAGUGGAACAAAAUGACUCCUUGGUUGGUAGACAUUCAACGUCGUGUCAUGUCACCUUCACAAAAACGUUCAAUUACCAGAUUGGCUACCCUGUGCCACAUCUCCUGGUUGUCUUUACAGUGGAUUUUUUUUUUACAUUCUUCUCAACCCUCUUUGACCCUUUGUCAAAAAGCAUGAGUAAUAUUUUUCAAUUCAAAAUACUGUAUAUUGCUAAGAGAUAUUGUUUGUGAAACUGAGUGGUUAUUUGACCAUAUUGUAAAAACUACACAUCCACAAGUUUACAUGGGGAUGGUUUAGAUAGUGGGUGGCAGUAGAACAAACAUUGCGGCACGGUGGCCCAGUGGUUAGCACUGCCGCCUCACAGCAGGAAGGUCCUGGGUUCGAACCCCGGGGUUGUCCAACCUUGGGGGGGGGAGGGGGCUCAUCCCAGGUCGUCCUCUGUGUGGAGUUUGCAUGUUCUCCCCGUGUCUGCAGUGGGUUUUCUCCGGGUGCUCCGGUUUCCCCCACCAUCAAAAAGACAUGCAUGUUAGGGUUAAUACUCCUGUCUGUGCCCUUGACCAAGGCAUGGCAAGACAAACUGGAGUUGGUCCCCGGGUGCUGCACGGCGGCUGCCCACUGCUCCUAGCUACACAGCUAGGAUGGGUUAAAUGCAGAGUGUAAUUUCCCCAUGGGGAUCAAUAAAGUAUCUCAUAAUAAAAAAAAUAAUAUUGUUUUGUCAUGAGAUUGUAGGUACUAUUGGGAUGUCUGCAUAUGAAGUAGUAUUAUCGACUUCGUUUCCCGCUUGUUUGAUUGUAUGUCUUUGUGAUUCUCUAGCUGCUCAAAUUUCAUUACUUGUGAAUGCAACCUUAUCCUCUCUAUUUUCUAUUAAGAAUAAUACAGAUUCAAGUGAACUGUAACACAAUAAAUAUACCCAAAGGGUCCUGUUGGCUGUA